AUGAUUCUUGAAUUAUCUGAUUACUUAAAGGAAGUGGUUUAUAAAGGAAUAAAUUUGCUGAUAGAUGAUUUAAAAUUAAAAAUACCGAGUAAUGUAGUUUUAAAUGAACAAAUACAUAUAGUUGCUCCAAAACGAAAGGAAUACGGUGACUUGUCGAGUAAUAUAAUAAUAAAAUUGGAGAGAUGGUUAAAAUUGGCAUAUGAUCCUAAUGAAUUUGAAUUAAAUAAAGAAAAUUUAAGUGCCGAUUUUUUAUCAGACAAGUUCGUUCAAAUAAUUGAUUCUUUAGUCACAAAAGAUGUUAAUCAAGCAGAAAACUCAAGCGUUUAUUUAUUUGAAGGCAACCCUGGUUCGAAUAAUACCGACUUAAAAUUUAAAAUAGAAAAAAGAAGCAGAGGAUUCAUUAAUUUUCAUAUUAUAUCAGAUAAAUGUAAUCAAAAAAUAGUUGAAGAUCUAAUAAUAACAAAAAAUGACAUUCAAUUUUUUCCAAUACGGACUAUUGGUCAUUGCUAUAGCUGUUGGACGGAGAAGUUUGGCAUCCCAAGACAAUCUGUAUUAGUUCCAAGUUCGCGGGGAGUAAUCCAAUUAUUGCCUGAAUUCAAUUCGGAUUUCAUUUAUGGUUUAGAUGAUUUUAGUCACUUGUGGAUCAUAUUUAUUUUUGAUGAUGUAACUCAAGAUACUUCGAUCAAUUCAAAAAUAAGACCUCCUAGAAUGAAUGGCAAAUCAACUGGGGUAUACUCAACUAGGUCACCACAUAGAAUAAAUAGAAUAGGAAUUUCUAAUGUGAAAAUUGAAUCAAUUUCCGGAAAUCGAAUAUAUAUAUCUGGAGUAGAUUUACUUAAUGGGACACCAAUUAUUGAUAUUAAACCUUAUCAUAUAUGCGAUAUUAUUGAUAGGGGACAAUUAAUAUGCCCUGAAUGGGUCACUGAUAACCUUGAGGGCGAGUUUAAAGUUACCAUCCCAGAUAAAAUUUUAGAUAAACUAGAGAAAAUAACAGAGAAAAGUGAUUUAAUACCUGAAGAAAAAAUUGAAAUGCAGGAAAAAAAGCUUAUUCGUCUAAGGUCUUUCGGAGGUGAAUGGCCAUUCAUAUUUUUCAAAUCACAGGUUGAAUUUUUUGAAACAUUGAAACAAUCUUUAUCUUAUGAUGUAAGAUGCAGACAAAGAAAAGUUAAUGAGGUAAGUAGAUUUAUUUCAAAAUGUUAUCGAUUAAUAUUCAAAUUUCAGUAUGGUGGGAUAUAUCAGAUUAGACUAGAUUCAUUUGAAAUACAUUAUAAAAUUAGUGAAAAAUCAAAAAUGAUUGAAUUGACCAAUAUUGACCUAAUCGUAGUGUAA